CCCAGCCAUGGAGUCAUAUCCCCGACAUCAACAAUACUCUUCGCUUCAUUCUUCAACUUUAUCACUAGAACAUCCACCAUGAGCUCUCAAUCUGAGAGCAGCCAGCCUCAACCCUCUUCGUCGCCCUUGGAGGGUUCCUUCAAGGAGCUUCCGUUCCCUCCGGUGACGAAAAGCCAUGUCCUGAACUGCUCAUAUCACAACUGGCAUCCGAAGUAUCGAGCCAUCACACCCAAAGCACGGCUUGUGCCACUUCCGGAUGCUUUCAUCUCGUACUUGCGUGAAGACGGCAUCAUGCUUCCUCCCGAGGACAACGACCGCCCAGAAUGGUCCGAUUCGGACAGUGGAAUCUUCUCUGGGGCCGACAACGAGACCGACGAUGAUGACGGAGCCGACUACGACCCCUCCGCCAACUGGCGUGAUACUCACGAAGCGAUUGAACGCACAAUAGAGGAGCUGGGCGGGAAGGUUGCGCCGAAGUUAAACUGGUCAGCACCAAAGGAUGCUACAUGGAUCGCUGCGACGAAUAGCAUGGAGUGCCGGACGCCGAACGACAUCUAUCUACUCCUGAAGUCUAGCGACUUUGUCGCCCACGAUCUCCAACACGCUUUCGACGAUACCGCCGAUGAAGGAGACCCUACAGGGCCAUUUGGUCCUGCUGUUCCCUACCAUCUCGUCCUUCGUAAAUGGAUAACGCUCAAUCCCUCCGUGGAGUUCCGCUGCUUCGUGCGCAACCGCAAGCUGAUUGCCAUCUGCCAGCGAGACCUCAAUCAUUUCGACUUUCUCUUCAAGAUGCAAGACAAGCUACGUCAGUCCAUCCAGGAAUUCUUCGACAUUCGGAUACGGGACACCUUCCCCGACCGCAACUUUACUUUCGACGUCUACAUCCCGCCUCCGCACGAUCGCGUCUGGCUGAUGGACUUCAAUCCUUGGGCGCAGAGGACCGAUCCGCUCCUGUUUAGUUGGCUUGAGCUUCUGACGCUACCUGAGUCUGAGAUGAAUGAAUAUCAAGAGCGUUCGGAGGAAGAAGAUUCUGCGGGCGCCGAAGGAGAUGAAGAAAUCACCGAGAUGUGGCGGCCAGAGUUCCGUCUCGUUCGGCGAGACGAUCCGGAAGCUUAUGGGUUUACCACUCCUCAGUAUAGCGCGCACAAGCUUCCGAAGGACGUCGUAGAUGCUAGCAGAGGAGGGGAGGGAAACCUGAGAGAAUUCGCGCUCCAGUGGCAGGAGGCGCAAAGGCUGGCAGAACAGCAGAGAGCGGAGGAUAGCGAAGAUGAUUAGUGGAAAACGUGGGACCUGCGAUCAGGGGCUAGACUUGGUUGAGGUACUUUAGUAUGAAAGACCAAGCGGGUCUUUUGCAUCAUGGCGCGUCCGCACAGAGCCGGCCGCAAAUGGGCAGAAUUCAAUAUAAAUUCUUCGACUCAAG